AUGGCUUCUGUACUCAGUAAGGAGUCUCUUGCCAUUAUUUUAUCUGUCGUUACACUGCUCAUUGGACUCUCUCACUUCAACAUGAUCUCUCUCAAAUCCAUCUUCAAGUCCGUCUACAUUCGUCUUUGGAAGCUUGUAAACGUGUUUGUCCACUGGCACAAGCUCCCAACCUGGCUCGGUGUCUUCAAUCUCCUCGCUCUUCGAUAUGAACUCCGCGAGAAGAACCUUCAUGACACCUACCCCAAUGCUGAGUUUCAGGGCACUGCGGCUGAUUGUCCCAUGAAGAACUCAAAGUUCAUAGCGACCAGGAACUCAGACGGUGACUUCAAUGAUCUAGCACAGCCAAAGAUGGGUUGUGCUGGUAUGAGAUUCGGUCGAAAUGUUCCAAGAAAUCAUACCACGCCGCCUACCCAACAGGAGCUUCUUACGCCUAACCCAAGACUUAUUUCAGAAAAGAUUCUUGCUAGACCUGAGGGCCAGUUCAAACCGGCUGAGAUCGUCAAUCUCCUCGCCGCAGCAUGGAUCCAAUUCCAAGUUCAUGAUUGGGCACAGCACUCUCUCGUCACCAACGGUGACAAAGACGUUGAGAUUCUUCUAGACAAAGCCGACAGAUGGUCAGAGCGCAUCAUGAAGAUCCCCCGAACAAAGAAAGACGAUCCUCUUUCGCAACAAGAUAUCGAAACGCCGGCUUAUACUAACGAGUGCACCCAUUGGUGGGACGCUUCUCAGAUCUACGGAUCCACUGAAGCCGAGACCAAAGCUCUCCGAGCGCAGUGUGAUAAGUCAUAUCCCGGUCAACUUCAUGUUACGCGUGAAGAUGGAGUGCAGUUCCUCCCUCGAUCGGAUGAUGGUAUUCCCAAGACUGGGUUCAGACAGAACUGGUGGUUGGGACUCGAACUUCUUCAUACUUUGUUUGCGCUUGAGCAUAACGCUAUCGCUACACAGCUUCAUCUUUCAAAUCCCAGCUGGUCGAGUGAUCAGAUCUUUGAUACCGCGCGACUUAUCAAUUGUGCUCUUAUGGCCAAGAUUCAUACUGUUGAGUGGACACCUGGUAUUCUGCAGCACCCGGCGCUACAGAUUGGGAUGAAUGCGAACUGGUGGGGGCUUUUGGGCGACAAGCUUUGGCAUGUCUUUGGGCGUGUCUUUGACAACAAAUCAGAAGUCAUUUCUGGUAUUCCCGGAUCAGGCGUUGAUCACGACAACGUGCCAUACUGUCUCACAGAAGAAUUCGUCUCAGUCUACCGUCUCCAUCCUCUCAUCCCCGACAAUGUGGCAUUCUUCAGUAUUAAGGAUGGUCAACACAAGGGAACACUUCCUAUCAAAGAGGUUGCCUUUAAAUCAGCCCGCAAGCCUUUCGACGAGGACAAAUCAGGCUUGGGCCUCUCAUUCGCUGAUGUCUUUUACUCUUUCGGCGUCAAUUACCCAGGUGCCAUCCGAGCCCACAACAUGCCCAAUUUCCUACGCGACUUGAAUAUCCCAGGCGACAAAGACUUUCCUCACGGUAGACACUUGGACUUGGGAACCAUUGACAUCCUUCGCGAUCGUGAGCGCGGCGUUCCUCGCUACAACGCUUUCAGACGCCUAUUUCACAUGGCGCCCGCAAAGACCUUCAUUGACCUCACAGGUGGUGAUUCCAAGCUGGCUGCUGAGCUGGAAGAAGUCUACGACGGCGAUCUUGAAGCCGUGGAUCUUCUCGUCGGUACUCUCAGCGAGCCUCUGCCCAAGGGCUUUGGCUUCAGCGACACUGCCUUCCGCGUGUUCAUCCUCAUGGCCACUCGUCGCAUCAAGUCUGAUCGGUUCCUGGCUGGUGAUGGUUGGUGUCCUGAGGUGUAUACUCGCGAGGGCAUUAAUUGGGUGCAGAAUAACACGAUGAAGGAUGUUUUGUGUCGACACUUUCCUGAACUUGCUGCAACGUUGCAUAAUGUUAAAAAUUUAAGUGUUUCUUUCAUUUUAUCAUUGUGA